AUUAGUUCAAAAAAUAACUGGUCCAAUCGAACAAUUUCUUGGCAACGAUGUCAUUUUCCUGACCUGUCACGACAACGUCUAAAUUUUUUUGUGUACAAAACUCCAUAAUAAAUCAUCCAAAAUGAACGAAACGGCAGAAGACUUGAACUACGACUGUAACUACAACAUGUUCCUGGCGAAAACUAUGCUGCCCAAUUUGAACAAAACAGAUGAUAGACAAAAAGCAGUUAGAUGGAUGAAGAAAUUGGCCACUUGCAAUCGAUCCCUGGAGGAAAGGAAACUGAGAAAUGAUUUUAUGUAUUACUUGGUAGUAAAUAUCCAGCAAGGGGAAUUGCAGCCUCCGUUUACUGAACCUCCUCCUACUAGUCCUUUGCCUGAUAUUGCUCAUCUUCUGCCGGGCGGAGUAACAGAAGAAAAUCAGGACGAAUGGGGAGACAAAACAGGACAAGGUGGACCGAAACCGCCCAUGCUUUACGACCAUUCCCCAGAUGGUGGUGCUUUUUUAGCCGCCCAACCUGUACCAAGAUGUGGGGCGUUUUGCUAUCUGGCAGUAGUUGCACGAGAACCCAAAAAGAAUGAUUAACAUGAAAAGUUAAGACCGUUUUAUUGUAUCGAAGUCUGAUGUGUUCAAAUUCUUUAAAGAUUAUUGAAUUAAAACACUAUUGUUUAAUGUCAA